UCGCGGCGAGCCAAGAUGGCUGCCCCCGCGCUGCAGGUGGCGCGACGGUGGUCGGGGCUGGGCCUGGGAGUGAGGCUCGCCGCCCGCCACCUUCCGGGAAUAACACAGGUGAGGUGUAGCCGCUAUGCCCCUGAGUUCAGGGAUCCCCUGAUCGACAAGGAAUAUUACCGCAAGCCCGUGGCGGAACUCACCGAAGAGGAGAAAUACGACCAGGAGCUCAAGAAGACGCAGCUCAUCAAGGCCGCUGCAGCGACGGAAACAAGUUCUGUGUUUGCAGACGCUACCAUCAGCAAAUUUACCAACAUGAUGAUGAAAGGAGGCAACAAAAUACUGGCCAGGUCCCUCAUGGCGCAGACCCUGGAGGCUGUGAAGAGGAAGCAGUUUGAGAAGUACCGAGCUGCCUCUGCAGAGGAACAGGCCACCAUUGAGCGGAACCCCUACAGGAUCUUCCACCAGGCCCUGAAAAACUGUGAGCCUGUCAUCGGGUUGGUGCCCAUCCUCAAAGGGGGCCAUUUCUACCAGGUCCCUGUACCUCUGAGUGACCGACGGCGACGCUUCCUGGCCAUGAAGUGGAUGAUCACAGAGUGUCGAGAGAAUAAGCCUCGGCGGACACUGAUGCCAGAGAAACUGUCAAAUGAGCUGCUGGAGGCUUUUCAUAACAGGGGUCCUGUCAUCAAGAGGAAGCACAACAUGCACAAGAUGGCAGAGGCCAACCGAGCCCUGGCCCACUACCGCUGGUGGUAGCAGGGACUGAUGGGACGGUCCAGGACACUCCAAGAAACCAGGCGGGCCGGAGCGAUGGCCAGUGGUUAAGAGCACUGGCUGCUCUGGCAGAGGACCUGGCCUGAUUCCCAGCACCCACGUGGAGGCUCACUGACCUUCUUUAAUUCUGGUUCCAGAGAAUUUGACACCUUCUGACUGCUGUGGGCACCAGGCAUGCAUAGUACUCAACCGUACAUGCGGGGGAAAUACCUAUUCAUAAA